CUCCCUCUUCUUUCUCUCCAACUUGCCAUAUCUCCAACCAGUGGCUACCUUUCUUUGAUCCCUUCUGGGAUUUUAUUUGUCGUUCUAACAAUCGUUCUGGGUGUGUGUUAGAAUUCCCGAUUGUUUCUGAUUUCAUUGGAGAUAUUUCGAUCUGGGAUUUUGCCUAAUUUGGGUUUUUUUUUUUCAAUCGAACAUUCAGUUUCUUAAUUGAUUGGCAAAAGAAGGGAAGGAUUCGAUUUGGGUUUUAGGGUUCUGUUCAAUGGGAGCUUUAGAUGAAGGUCAUUACAAUGUGGUGUUAGAAAAUGGAGUGAAACUUGGUGGUUUGGAGCAAGAACCAGAGACUAUCGCCAUUGUAGAUGCAGUCAAGCUUUUGUUGCAGGGUUUGGGUGAAGACAUCAAUAGAGAAGGUCUUAGAAAGACCCCUCUUCGUGUUGCUAAGGCCUUUCGUGAAGGAACCAGAGGCUACAAACAAAAUGUGAAAGAGAUAGUCCAAGAUGCAUUAUUCCCAGAAGUGGGAGUCGAACAUGGAAAAGGGCAAGCUGGAGGAGCCGGUGGACUCGUUCUUGUUAGAGACCUCAAUCUCUUCUCGUUUUGUGAGUCUUGUUUGCUCCCUUUUCAGGUCAAAUGUCACGUAGGUUAUAUCCCGUCUGGUCAACGAGUUGUGGGCCUCAGCAAGCUAUCUCGGGUGGCUGAUAUCUUUGCCAAACGGCUCCAAGAUCCACAACGGUUAGCUGACGAGAUCUGUUUCGCUUUAGAACAUGGAAUCGAGCCGACGGGUGUCGCCGUCGUUCUUGAGUGCUCGCACGUUCACUUCCCCAAUUUCGAACACGUUUUUCUUGACUCGAAUCACGAGAGAUGGGUGAAGGUCGUAGUCGGUUCUGGCUCGGGAUCUUUCGAAAAAGACGAUUCCGCCUCUUGGCUAGACUUUUUCGGUCUUUUAAGAUGUAAAGACGUAAGUUUAGAUAAUAUCCAUGCAAGAACCACCGUUCAAGAUUCUUGGUGCCCGUCCCAGUCUCACUCUAGACUUGGACUCGGACCUAAUUCGACCAUGACUAGUGCCGUGGCUUCGAUUAUACAGUCAUUAGGUCAAGACCCGUGUAGAAUAGAACUCACGGCAACUCCAAAUCGGUAUGUAAACUGGCUCAUGAACUUCAAAGAUUCAAACUUGGAGAUGAAACUCAACGGGUUUUCCAGCAUUCCUUUGAAAACAACCGUUGGGCGCAUAAAUUAUAAAGAACAUGUUAGAUCGGAAAAUAACUUAUCGUUAUGGUCGCUCUGUGAACACCAUUUACUUCCGUUUUAUGGGGUCGUUCAUAUCGGAUACAUUUUGGGCGAAGAAGUGAAUUCGAUAUCGAAAACUCUUUUGCAAUCGAUCGUACAUUUUCAUGGCUUCAAACUUCAAGUUCAAGAAAGACUGAGCAGGCAGAUUGCAGAAACUGUUUCACCAUUGUUGGGUGGAGAUGUGAUGGUGGUGGUGGAAGCGGAUCACACUUGUAUGAUCGCUAGAGGAAUCGAGAAAUGCGGAAGUAAUACGGCCACGAUUGCGGUUUUGGGUCGGUUUUCGGACGAUCCUGCGGCAAGAUCGCAGUUUUUGCAGACGAUUCCGAGCUAUUGUUUGUAGUAAUUUGGGAAGAUGAUAUCUGAUCCAAAAUUCUACAGUUUUUCUUGAUGUUUUUAGAUGAAUGGGUGCAAAAGAGAUGAAGGAUUUCAAGAAAGAAAGCAAUUCUAAUGGAAGAUUGGAAGUAUUUGUGUUGUUAUUUUAUGGGAAUGGAGCAAAUUGUAAGGGUAAAUGUGUGUGGUUUUCUAUGCUAAUAAAUGAGUUAUAAUCUAUAUC